GGUGCCAGUCCUGUCGGGGUGACACACGGUGGGGCCAGCCCUCUUUGUGACAUUUGUGUGGACCCAGCUUGUGCAGAGGCCAUCACCCAGAGAUGUCCCAGCUGGUGCCUUCACCCAGAUCCGCUGCUGCCUGCGUCAUCCUCCUCCUUGGCUGUGCUUGGCUUGGCUCAGCCACCCAAUUGUCCCCAACGCGUGGCAAAGGACGAGCCUUGAUCCCCCUCACUCCCCAAGAAGAAGCCAAGUGUCCCAGUGUCUCUGUGGAAGCUUUUCUCAACAGCACCCUCACCACCCACCUCCUCCCUGCCCUCUACUCUGUGGUCCUGCUCGUGGGGCUGCCGACUAAUGCUCUAGCCUGCUGGGUCUUGGUGGCCAACUUCAGGAGAUGUUCCAGCACCCUUUUCCUGCUCAACCUGGCCAGUGCUGACCUGCUCUUCGUCCUCCUGCUGCCCUUCAAGAUCUCCUACCACCUCUUGGGCAAUGACUGGGUCUUUGGGGACUACCUGUGCCGCACCAUGAUGGCCUUCUUCUAUGGGAACAUGUACAGCUCCAUCCUCUUCCUCACCUGUAUCGGCCUGGAGCGUUACAUCUCUGUGGUGCACCCAUUCCUGUGGAAGGGCUCCAGUUGGAUGCGGGGCAAGGUGUGUGUCUGUGUGGGCAUCUGGCUGGUGGUAGGGCUGGGCAUGAUCCCGCUGCUUUUCCGCACCCAGAUAAGACAAAUCUCGAGCCUGAACAUCACAACUUGCCAUGAUGUCCUAGAAAAGGAUGAGCACAUGUUCUUCGCCUACUAUUUCCUCUCCGUCGUGGGAGUGGGCUUUGGCUUGCCCUUUGUGCUCAUGACCAUCUCCUACAGCUGCAUCCUGGUACGGCUGCUGGCCAAGGGGAGACAGCAUAGGCAGCUGGUGUGUGUCCUGGCUCUGGUCCUCCUGGUCUUCAUCCUCUGCUUCACUCCCAGCAACGUGCUGCUCUUCAUCCACUACAUGCUGGAGGCCAAAGGGUGCCAUAACGGCACCUACAAGUGGUACACCAUGGCCCUGGUGCUCAGCGCCUUCAACAACUGCUUUGAUCCCUUUGUCUACUUCUACGUUUCCAAGGAUUUUCGGGGCUGGGUCCGGGAUGCCAUCAGCUGCUGCUCAGGGAGGCUCAAGACCUCAUCAGGGAGGCCCUCAGAGAAGACAGUCUUGCCCCUGAGGUCCAGCGAGCAGAGCCAGCAGGGCUAAGGGGUGCUGGACUGUGUCCCCCUGCCCUGGGGAGGGGGGGGACAGCUUGGUACCCAGCUCAAAUGGCUGCACUUUCCCAGGCUGGUGGCAGAUUUAGGCAGAAAAUCCUGCCCUGGAUGGGAGAUUCACUAGGGUUUUGCCCCAGUUUUGCAGUUCCUCUGACACGGCUGGUGCUGUCCCUGUCCCAUACGUCCACCAGCUGGGUGCCUGGCCCUGGUACCCCAGUCUCCCCUCCUGCCAGACCCUCUUAUCCCUCCCCAGUCCUCCUGCAGUGACCAAACCCUCCAGAGAGAUCGGAAG